GAAAACUCCAGCGCGUGAUUCACCCUCCUCCCCUGCCCUCGUCAGCCAGGCCAACUCCCCUCCCGAGAUCUCAGAUCUCCGUUUCCAGCCUGGGGGUUGCUGGUGCCCAUCCUGUCCACCUACAUCUCCUCUUCCCUCCGGAGGACGAGGAGCCGGCACCAGAGGGGGCAGGGAGACUUAAAGCCCAGAGAGGAGGUGUGAUUUGCCUAAGGUCACACAGCAACGUGGAAGCUCAGCUCCGAACUCACUGUGCAGGCUGUGUCCCCCUCGGCGUCCUGCGGCCUCCCAGUCCAGCCACGGCUAUGCACAGAAAAGCAGCGGUCCACGAGGAUGGGUCUCCCGUGGUCUCCUGGGUCCCCGAGGAGGGGGACAAGGACCAGGAAGGUGGGGACCACAUCAAGCAUCGGGGCCAGUGGACCAACAAGAUGGAGUUUGUGCUGUCGGUGGCGGGCGAGAUCAUCGGGCUGGGCAACGUCUGGAGGUUCCCCUACCUCUGCUACAAAAACGGGGGCGGGGCCUUCUUCAUCCCCUACUUCAUCUUCUUCUUCUCCUGCGGCAUCCCAGUGUUCUUCCUGGAGGUGGCGCUGGGCCAGUACACCAGCCAGGGGAGCGUCACAGCCUGGCGGAAGAUCUGCCCCCUCCUCCAGGGCAUCGGUCUGGCGUCUGUGGUCAUCGAGGCCUAUCUGAACAUCUACUACAUCGUCAUCCUCGCCUGGGCUCUAUUCUACCUGUUCAGCUCCUUCACCUCGGAGCUGCCCUGGACGGCCUGCACCCACUCCUGGAACACGGAGCAGUGCAGGGACUUUGUGAACCACUCAGCCGCCAGCACAGCGACCCCUUCUGAGAACUUCACCUCGCCCGUCAUAGAGUUCUGGGAGAGACGUGUUCUGGGCCUCACCGCUGGCCUCCAUGACCUGGGGGCCCUGCGCUGGGAGCUGGCCCUGUGCCUCCUGCUCGCCUGGGUGGUCUGCUACUUCUGCAUCUGGAAAGGGGUCAAGAUCACAGGCAAGGUUGUUUACUUCACGGCCACGUUCCCCUACCUGAUGCUGGUCAUCCUCUUGGUCCGCGGCGUCACGCUGCCCGGGGCCUCCGCGGGCAUCAUCUACUACCUGAAGCCGGAUCUGCUUCGCCUCAAGGACCCCCAGGUGUGGAUGGACGCGGGCACCCAGAUCUUCUUCUCCUUCGCCAUCUGCCAGGGGUGCCUGACGGCCCUGGGCAGCUACAACAAGUACCACAACAACUGCUACCGGGACUGCAUCGCCCUCUGCUUCCUCAACAGCGCCACCAGCUUGGGGGCCGGCUUUGUGGUCUUCUCCAUCCUGGGCUUCAUGUCCCAGGAGCAGGGGGUGCCCAUCUCCGAGGUGGCCGAGUCAGGCCCCGGGCUGGCCUUCAUCGCCUUCCCCAAGGCCGUGACCAUGAUGCCCCUGUCGCAGCUGUGGUCCUGCCUCUUCUUCCUCAUGCUCAUCUUCCUCGGGCUGGACAGCCAGUUUGUCUGUAUGGAGUGCAUGGUGACAGCCUCCAUGGACAUGUUCCCCAGGCAGCUCCGGAAGAGCGGGCGGCGGGAGCUCCUGAUCCUUGGCAUCGCGGUCGUGUGCUACCUGAUCGGGCUCUUCCUGGUCACCGAGGGCGGGAUGUACAUCUUCCAGCUGUUCGAUUAUUAUGCCUGCAGCGGCACAUGCCUGCUCUUCCUUUCCGUGUUUGAAGUGAUCUGCAUCAGCUGGGUGUACGGGGCCGAGCGUUUCUAUGACAACGUUGAGGACAUGAUUGGCUACCGGCCAUGGCCCCUGGUGAAGAUCUCCUGGCUCUUCCUGACCCCGGGACUUUGCCUGGCCACGUUCCUCUUCUCCUUGAGCAAGUACAGCCCUCUCAAAUACAACAACGUCUACGUGUACCCGCCCUGGGGGCGCUCCAUCGGCUGGCUGCUGGCGCUCUCCUCCAUGGGCUGCGUCCCACUCUUCAUCCUCACCACCCUCCUGAAGACCCAGGGUUCCCUCAGGAAGCGCCUGCGGCAGCUCAUCACCCCCGACCCCAGCCUGCCACAGCCCACACGGCACCUGCAUCUGGACUGUGAGCCCUCUGCGGCCAAGGAGGGACUCAUGGCUGGGGAGAAGGAAACGCACUUGUAG